CAUCUUACGAGAAUCAACUUUUUUGGCCGCCAUCAUGGCCAACAUAGAUGUCGAAACACUACCUUCUGAGUCGGAAGAAACAUCCGAGUACUCAAGCGACUCAUACCGAUCCAAAUCCCGAUCCCGGACUCGCACCCGUAGCCGAAGAUACCAAGGACGGGAUACAACCAGGAGUCCCAAGCCUCGCGGUGAGACUGCCGCUUCGCGAGACAUCAAUGAAUUUGGGGUGGAAAUCAAGCAUGUCACGACGCAGUUUUACAGGGAUCGUCGGGGCCAGUAUAGAACGAGCAAGCGACUUGGUAUUCCUUCGGAAGGAGAGAAUCAUGCGGCCAAUGAUCUCGCGCCGCGAGUCACCUUCUUUCACGACGUGGACGAGCUCGGGAACUUUCAAGGUUGCAAAAUCGAGGUUGAUUGGUGGGAAUUUGAUGAGUUAUUGGAGAGUCUCGAACGGUUUCCUCUUGACAGGAAAAGCCCUUCAGCUCGAGCAACGACGUUCUCCCAACCUUUCGCGCCGCUAUUUCUGCGUUUAGACGCGCUUAAGAGAGAGGUGCCGAAAGCAGAGGCUGUGUCCCCCAUGGACAACAAUGGCUCAACUACGACAUACAAGCUUGGGGUCGCAAAGGCAAUUCUAUCAUUUAUCGGCGAAAAUGCCCGUGAAACCCAAUCUAGGCUUGAGGCAUUGAGCUUUGCAAGCCCUAGCACGUUGGUCCAAUACGACGAUCUCUGAAUACUUUACAAACCGGGUCAACUCAUCUUCGAGAGAAUCGCGGGACCGGAUACAGUCUGUUUCAUGGUUGACUACCCGACCAUGGUUUCGCGCAGGGAAAGGGAAAGAUUUGGUCCCGAAGAUUUCACUCCGAAGCCAAACAAAAAGUUUCUUGACAUUCACUGUUGGUCGAUACUUUUUGACCCAAAGGUUGGUGCCUUCCGGAAAAAGCAUUCAAUCAUCACUGCGAAGUGGUUUCGUGGUGGAACUGAAAUUGCAAAAUUGCGAUUUGUACCGGAAAAGUUUAUGGAAGAUCUCAAUGAUGUGAACCCACGCACUCUCUUGAGGUCGGAACUACUGGGACAU